GGCCGAGAGGGAGUCGAGAGGGUCGAAAUCGCGUGCGACCGCCGCUCAGGCGACAGUUCGUAGUCGAGCUGCACACCGCCACGGCUGCAGGUAUCACCUGUUGUUUGUUCGGCAGUGUGGCACAUACGAUCGCCCGCGCAUGCGCGCACGCGCGCACACCCUCCAAAAGAUUAUACCCGCUCCGCCGUACAGUGCCUGAAGUGCGUUGCGCUAUAUAUAUAUAUGUACCGUUGUGGCCUGUGUUACCUAUUUCUGCAUCCUGCACGGAUGUUGCUUCAUGACCAAGCGUCGUUUCCGCUGCGCACGGGAUGAUGACUGUGGACGCGAUCAUCGAGCAGGACGCUGUUGUCGCGGGAACGACGUGCAACGAAUGAUCUGUCUAUCGGCGUGUGCGGAUUUCGACGUUCGUAUCUGCGGAUCGUCUGCUUCUGUCCGGUUCGUCUGCCAUCCGAAGAAGCACGUCCUGCAGCUCCGCCAUAUGCAAGUGGCCUGUAAAGAAAGCCGCAGACAACUGUCGCAAAUACAAUCGCCUCUGCUCUUGCACGUCUUCAAGACGCCGUCACUUGCUCCGCACCGUGCGUGUGCUUUGCGUGCGAUAGUCUACCUGCAUAUAGCUCCUGCUGUUGCUGCUGUCGUCUGCUCAUGUCCCGUUCGUCUGCUGUCCGGGAAGCCCCUCUCGCAAUGCCGCCAUACGCAAUAAUUUGCUUGAAGAAAGUCGCAGACAACUUUCGUACCACCACAUCUCCUCGUGGCCUAUGGUAACGUCUUUCUGAAACCCUUGUCCUUUUUGAAGGCAUCGUCGCGAGCUCUGCAGUAAAUGCACCCUCUGUAUCGUACUCCUGCCACGAAGGAAUUUUCCCGGGAUUUAGAGACAGGACAGUAACUGCUUUCAGACCAACGGCGCGAGUUUUUGGCAUAGGGACGUUGGUGUCUUCUGUGGAUGGUGACGUUAGAAAAUGACAAGUGACACGCGCAGUUUUCGACGACGCGAAACUGCUCGCAGCGGUGUGCUGCAGACUGUUUGCCGUCUGUCCUGGAAUGACAGGAAGUCCUUGUCGUUUUCGCCUUUCCAGUUGUGCGUUUUUGGAGCGUCGUAUAGGGAAGUUUUAGGCUAUGGUUCCUUGUUAUUUCGCCCUCUCCCCGCCUCUCAUCAGCACUAUAUUCAUUUCGUAGCAUGAUCGUGAAACCCCACUACACUAAAUACCGUGUGUAUAUGUAAUACCUGUAAUUAAGUUGUGAUAAUAUGCCUUAAAUCAGGCGCACACGCAAUGACCUUAUACAGCCUACCAGCGGCAACUCGGAGGUAGAGGCGUCUGCUCCAAGAUCAUCGGAUGGUGUGACGUAUGUAAAUCGCUGCUGCGUCCGACACUUCUUUUUAUUUUCACUUCUGUGUGCGAAUCACGUAUUUGUAAUUUCAGCGAGUCGGCGCUGAAUUAUUUGCUUUGCGUACCUGGAAACUUCCGGUCGUUUCCUGUGAAGUUAUUUCAGCAUACGGCAAAACCCACCUCUCAAAAGCCAUAUAUUUUGGCUUGCCACUUCAGCGAGUCGCCGUCUGUUCCGCACGACCACCUGUUGCAACUUUGUCGUCUGUUGUUUUCAUGUGGACUUGCCUGACACGCACGUCGGUGCAACUCGGGAAGCGAGCUUUGAAUCCAGAUAUUUUUCUAGUGUGUCUGUGUAAUUUCCUUUUUAUCGUUGCGCCUGUUUUACAGGCGAGUUGUUGUUGGGACGCUGCCGAAACAGUUCAUAUGAAAAUACCGAUGUGAAGUGCGAAGAUGAGCGCGGCAUUGUUCUCUGUCAUCACUGCAGACGGAUAUCUCCCGUCCAACAUGUCUUGCGGCUCGGAUAGAUAACGUCUGCUGACGCAUUAAGCCUUAUCAGUUUCUAUUUUGUCGAGGCGGCGUAGAUUCGAGAGUCGAAACGUUACACUUUGACAGCUUUGCUGGGCAGAGAACACGAAGGCGUCUUAAAAGAUAACCGUCGAUUCAAUUAAACGGUUCUCUUUUCAACGUGUAGCUCGUUUUUGAUAGCAGAGGUCUCCAUUUCCCCCUCUUAUUGCGUUCGUAUAAGCUUGCUGCUGGUUUCUCUAUAGCUCUUCGUAUUCCGCAACUAGAAAUAUAAUUUGUGUCAAUUAUUGAUGCGAUCUACCCACAUUUGAUGUAGAUUAGAAAUCCUCCACAGCUAAAAUCGCGCCGUGCAAAGCGAUUCUCUUGUCCAUCAAUGUCGUACUCAAAUUGGCUUGUCUCCGCCUGAAAAGGCCACGCCUAAAACGGUCGACCUACAUCCAGAAAUUCAAACAAAAGCGUCGUUCAAGCGGUCAUUGUCUUCAAAACGACCCUCACAGAAACUGGAGAUAUAGAUAUCUGGCUCAGGUAAUCUCUGAGUAACGGCGAUACGGUGUCUGUUUGCGAAGCUCGAAACCUCUAAGCCUAAAAAUGACUUAGCUUGCGCAUUCAAACGUGUAUACACAUGACAAUUUUAAACACUCCGGCUACGCGUUUUAGUAUCAGAGGGGAAGAUGAAUCUCAAAUGAUGAACCUCAAAUUCGUGCAUUAGUGAGGCAGCGGUUAUCCUGAGUCACGUGACGCGUCAAGAAGCGUUCGCCGAACUCCAUACGCUGCGUCAAGAGCUCGCUGUACUGACCAAUCGCUCGCGCUAGCCACGUCCAAUCCCUGUUCCGCAUCGUGUGACAUGCUGCCACGUUACUGGUCAUUUUUCGACAGCGUACGGUGACGUCACAGGAAACCUCCAACGAAUCGGGCACGCGACCGGACCCGUUGUUACAGUGGCGCCCUAGACGGGCUUGCGCUGGUAUUUUUUCAAUGCGACAAGCUGCGACCUUAGAUUGACAUCGUUACCCAACCGUUCUUGCUACACGUUGCUGUGCACAGCCGCUUCUAGCGGCCCUUCAAUUGUCAGUUACAUACUCUCAGCGCAGGACACCGUUAUUGCCACUGGAAUUGACCUCGGCGCCGUCCUGACGUCUGGUCGCCUAUGCAUUCUUAAAUUCCACGUUUGUUAAAGAAGACGGUAAACCUGCAAUUCCAGCACAAGUAUACGCUAUAUUCGAGGUGUUCGGACGAAGUCCUUCACCGCAAAGCGAGUGCCAGUGCUUUGGUCCGAAAAAAGAAAAAGAAGACAGCAAAACGACAAGCAAACAAACAAGUCCAGGCGCACUCAACCAACUGAAAUUUGUUACGUCUGCAUGGAGUCGCUGGGCAGACCUAAGCUUCAGAGCUAUCUGCCAGACCCCUGCUGAGCACAGAUGUCUGCUCUCUGUGUCAGGUGAACUGCCGCCGCAAACUAUUAUAUGUCUGCACAAACAGGGACAAAAAUGGUCGUACCGGAUACAACCUCCUCUUCCUCCUCCUCCUCCUCCUAACCUGCCUCGCUCCUGGGCGAGUUUGCAUAACGCAAUAAUACUGCACCUCACGAAUCCGCUCUGCCCCUACCCCCAACCCCUACAACAACAACUUCGUCUGUCACGAAGUCACCAAAUGUCCAACCCAGGCAACCAUCACCGCCAGCUGUUUUACCUGACGCAGUGACUGAAACGCUUGUCGUUUGCACAGACGCAGCAGCAGCAGACGACGCACGAACGAACACACAAAAGAAGAGGCGUUGCUUUCUGAGGUGAACGCCGUUAUCGGGUGUCCCCCCUCCUCCACUUCUUAUCUUCGUCCCUCUAUAGUGCUCACUCUGCACUAUCGAUUUCUCAGUUGGGGGAAGGGAUCCGGCCAAAAAAAAACAGCGAGCGAUAUAUGGCAGUCGAGCCGUUAGAGAUCGCUUCGUGGUUUCGUGUGUGCGUCUGCUCGCCGACUUCGGUGACGACCACAACCAGCUGUUGCACUAGCAGAAGUAAUAACUCCAACAACACCAAAAAAGAGAGAGAGAUACCGUCACUGCGCUCUUGUGUCGUACACGUGCGUGCGUAUUACACUGUUGCGAGAUUAUGGUGCGGCGGGCGAAUCCAAGCGCGGCGUCGUAUGUAACCGUGGGCUCGACUUGUGCGAAGUUGUGAAGCAUCCGUUCUCGGACCACUGAGAGUAAACUCGUAAGGUUCCGCGGCCGUCUCGGCCGUGAAAACUUGCAUGCGGUGAUGUGGUGAAAGCGAAAACUGCGAUAUAAACAAACACCGGAACUUUGACGUACUUUAUUGACUGACUCAGCCAAGCUGUAUACGCCAGACUUCCGUUGUUGUCUGUCGUAAGGCCAGCAGACGACUAUGCCAAGCUACUCUUGUCUGACGAACUUCACGUCAACCGCCAAGCGAUGGGUGCCGAUCCUGGGCCUCGGCGCGGUCGUCUACGUCGUCUUCUGGACCAUGGGUUACAAUCCAGUCGGCUCGCCUUCCCUACCGUACACGACGCGAGGCGGCGCAACCGUCGCCGUCGCGGAGAGCUCCUACGCCAACGAGCGGGACAGUCGAGCUUCGCGACAAAGUUGGGGCCUUUGGUCGGAUAGUUCAAAGACGGACGGUUCUGCCGACACGCCCGCGCGAAGUGAACAAGCUGAAACAACGUCGAAGCAAGGACGACGAUCCGAGACAAAACUAGCGCCAGUAGACUCGACGAAAGCUCUGGGGACGACGUCGUCGUCGGAACUGUUGAGACCGAUAACAGCAGUGGCAGUGACGUCACCAAGACCGCCGGCAACGAGAGCAGCGGGGACAACAACAGCGAAUAACGACGUCGGACAUACGUGGACCCCGUCCGAUGAAUUGUUUCGAGGCUACAGCAAGGUACCUUUCCCGCUGGAGAACGUCACUAACUUACCCAACGCCUUUAAAGUCGUGUCAGACUGCCGGUGGGACCUCGACUACCUCUUCUUCGUCCACACGGCAGCGACUCACUCGGAACACCGGCGGGUCCUGCGGCAGGUCGUGGGCAACUCGACGUACGGCGCCAAAUACAACUGGACGGCCGUGUUCUUCGUCGGCAUGUCGCCCGUCGACAAGGUCGCCCGCAGUGUGGCCUCCGAGGCCGAAGCCAACGGCGACGUCAUCGUGCUGCCCUACCUGGACACGUACCGCAACCUGACGUACAAGUACGUGUACGGCAUCAAGUGGACCCUGGAGUACUGUCCGCGGGCGCGCUACGUCCUCAAGCUUGACGACGACAUCGUCGUGCACCUUCCGUCGCUGAUGAAGAAGCUCGCCGGCGGCAAACCCCCGGGCUCGCCGCCGUCGUCGUCGCCCACGAGUACUCCCCCGAAGUUGUACUGCUGCGUCUGGAACGGCAUGCCGGUCAUCAGGCAGACGGCGCUGCCGUGGUACCUGUCCGAGAAGACGUACCCGAAGAAGGUGUUCCCCAGGUACUGCUCGGGGAGCGCGGUGUUCAUGGACUCGGCCGCCCUCCGACCCCUGUACAACGCCACUUUCGCCGUGCCGUACAUACCCAUCGACGACGCCUACGUCACGGGAGAGCUGGCGGCCGUGGCGGGCGUGAAGCACGAGUCGCUCAACCGGUUCUACUCGUUCGUCUCCGCCAAGUGGCCGUCGGUGGUCAACGGCUCGCUAAUGGUCGUGCAGGUGUCCAACGCCGAGCAGCGCUCGCAGGCUUGGAAGUCCGUGGCAGCCGCGCUCGACAAACAACGGACAGCUGCCGUGACGUCGUCGUCGACGUUAUCGCCUACGGUCACGCGAGGUACAGGAGCAUCUGCGACGGUCCCUUCGAGGGCCACCGCAAAAAGUUCGCCGAGUGUAGUGAACGUAACUUCUAGGACUCCUUGACGAGGUGUGCCGAUAGCGCUAGAUUCAUUGCGGAUCUCCGACUAGCGAGUUCGGGGAAGAAAAAAAAAAAGCAACGUGUGGUAGGACAGAACUAACUUGUAGGGAUAGUGAAGCGCAUAGUUUAUUCACUUUCAAGGCGCACAUCUUGUAUGCCCCAUGAAGCGAAAAAAUCCAGCGUCCGUCCGGCGUUAACAUCCUGUAUUACCCAAAUCCACGUGACCUAGUGAUGAUGUCACGUCCCCGGCGCUGGACCAGCGGCGGCUCGCACUGCGAAAUCCCACGGCGAAGUGAAUGAAGGUGCGUUAAGGUGGAUAAAAGUGGAUUAAGGUGGAUUAAGGUAGAGUUUUAAGUUAAGGGCGAUAACUUGGAGUAGCCAAUGUGCCAUCGCAUUCAGAUCACGUAAGGAUACUUAAGUGCCUGUCAACUUCUUGUUAUUUACUCUAUGUUUGCGCUCUUUGCUAGUGAAAUACGUGGACCCUGUCUCUUCUGUAUAGAUGCACCAAAGCCGAUGGUUACUUGGUCCUUAUCUUCGCAACGGUAUAUGCUUUAAUAUGGGCGACCUUGUGGUUCUAGACUUAUAUUAACAAAGAAGUUUCUACUCUAGAAAGAGUCAUAAGAGUGGGCAUCGGCUCAUCGCGCUAGCUGGCGCAUAAAACGAGAAACACAGGCGCGGUAUGACACUAUACCAUCCACGCAUAUGAAGUGCAGUGUGUCGGAAAUAUGGCAGCUCAGAGUGUUGUAACCUGUUUGAAACUUCUUGGAUGCGAUUGUUGGCACUACCGGUUCUAGACGUCUAAUAGACGUCUAGACGGUGUCUUCAGCUUUAAGUUAUGAACAGAUGUGCAUCUAAACCGCACCAAUUAACCGUCAAAUGACGUGGUCGCACCAACAAGACGUACGGCGAGCUUGCAAGUUUUCUCACAGGUUUUCGCGCACUCUUGGCAACUCUACGAGUAUAGUGCCGACGUCGGACGCAUCGCAUGAUUUUCGGCGUAAAUCUGUUUUAAACCACUUAAGAGUCACUCCUUACGGGAUGUUAAUUUUUGAAUAGUGUUUUAUCACAUCACCACUACGACGUAGCUGACAGCAGCAGUACUGGUGAAGACGUUUCACGGUGCUUUGAUCAACCAUAACGUGUCACAGAUUUGAAAAAAGAAAGAGAGAUACAAAUAUCCAAAAGUGCCCACACAGGUUCUUUUGUUUACGACACGUUUACAUCUGUACACGUGCGAUAUACGAUAGUUCUGGGCACUUUGUUUGAGCACACUGUGACGAGAAGUCACUACCACCGCUGCUGCUUGCAUACAGGCGUGUACAGUAAGGUCAUCUGUUAAAGACAACACUUAAUUAUAAUGUUGGCACUGACUAUUACUAAGAUUAGACGGGGGGGGGGGGAGGGGAGCAUAGUGAUUUUUCAUCAACUAACGCUGCAGGUUUCGUUGUCUUUCUUGAUUGAUUUAGAGUACAUCGCAGGGCUCCAUCCCCAAAGAGCAGUGAGUGAGGGGGAUACAAAUUAAGAAGGUAGAAAAGUGUAUUCGUAGAAAACUCAAACACAGCGAAAAUUUCAUGAAAUCAUGCAAGAAUGAAUACUAAAUAGGCGUUCUGUUUAAGAGUGGACCGUACUGUAUGCACCGAUGAAUCUCUGCACGUCUGCGCUGGCAACUCUUCGAAGCGCUUAAAAAUGUUUGCUCUUGUUAAGCAAAGGUGCCAAGCUAACCUCGAACGGCUCCUUUAACAAUUUUGUGAAUUAAUCUGGCCCUUACCUGCAUUCACAGCAAAACACAAUAUCCUUCUCGGCACUGCAAAGCGGUUCGUCUAUUGGGGCUCCAAAUGAGGUCAUACGCCGUUUGGCUCGCCCCCCGCCCCCCCCAUAGUCCGUACGGCACCAAUAUUUACAUAUCAGCUCACGUGACGGGAGCUAUUGGCAUUGCAACCGCACAGAAUAUUACUUUGUGUUAAAGUAACUACUGUAUGGCCAGUGGUAUUAUCUACGCACACAGUGCUGUGUUCAUUUCUUUCUUUCUUUUUCCCUCGUAUUUCUUGCUUCUUUUGCCAAAAGGUUAUUUUUAUAUCGUGAUAUUUACGUCCACGUUACUAAAAGUGAUGAGAUUAAGUUGGAAGUUUUCAACUACUCAAAGAUGUGAAAGACGGCUAUAGCAAAGUGAACGUUCACAGGUGGUGAAUGACCUGCCUUGCGGUACUUAUAUCGACGACGAUCCCAACUGUGAAGAGCAUUUUACAAAUUCGACUGAAAGGGAACGUUAAACACGUUAUGCGGCCGAACUUGAUCGCAGCUAUAGCCUGUCAUGUGCUUUGUCAUGUGUUUUGUACGGUCAUUAUACGCGGUUUCGUGAAUCUGCUGUUGAUUUGUUCCUAUUGUCUUUUUUAUUUGUACGCGCCUGUACACUACGCCUGUGGAAAAUCUUACAAACUUCACUUUGAAAGCGUGUACCUUCAAGAAACAUUGCGCAUGUAGUAUGUGUUUUAACUUAACUGCGACUAGUCAGUAACUGUCACCUUCUGGUGCGCAGGUGUUUAAAAUGGUGGGACGAGUGUGUUGUUUUAUUUGUUAAUUUUGCUUUGCUUGUGCGUUUUUGCUGAUAGAUAACGACCACGGUACAAUUGAGAAGAGCUUGUUUAUCAGCAAGUUUUGAAGACGUGGAAUCUUAAGAAACAUUAGACAUUGGUAAAUGAAUUUGACUCUUCAAUACAUGUUCAGUCACUGCCGUCGUGAUGUACACUUGUUAUAAACGGUUUGUUGAAUGUUUUA